AUGAAACAAACGUUGGCGCUGGACGUGAGCAAGCUGGCGUUGGCAUGGAAAGAGAGUUCGCUCUUCUGCAGCGUGGAAAAACAAGGAUGGGGACAGAAAGCCGUGAACACUGCCAGAAAGCCAGAAAGCCAGAAGCCAGAAAGCCAGGAAGGCAAACAGCUGCGUGCGCCUGGCUCCGGGGCAUGGAACCAGCCGUUGCAGCAUGCCAGUUGA